GAUACACUGGUCUUGUGGCCUCUCUCGCCUCCCGUGCCCCCUACCACGCUCUUCCCCUCUCCCGGGACGCCCAUUGGCCGCAGUCACUUGCUGCCUUCCAAUCGGGACGUGUGAUUGGGUGGUGCAUACCGGUCGACGAUUGGUGGACCGCUAGGCAUGCACGCACUGACGUGGCCACUCAUCUUCGCCUGCUUUACUUGUGCUAGAUGUACAGCCCAAUCCCCCGCGUGGGAGGGAGGAUGGUCCAGGCCGCCCCCGGAGCCCCGCCACCUGCCGCCCAGCCUCGACGACACCACCCACCACCUCCUCAGCCUACUCCACAACGUCUACCCUCUCUACACCUCCGCGGAAAUGAUCCCUUCAGAGAGAGAAGAGAGCGUGAUUAAGAGCACAGGAGCACCCAAAAUGCUCUUCUACCCCUCUCAACUGGGCAUGAAAACUACAAGCGAGGGGACGGAGGAAGCCAGCCAGACACACAAGGAAGAGGAAGGCAAGAGGAGGAGGAAGAGAAGUGUGGAUAGCUCGGAAGAGGAGCGAGAGGGCGUGGACACCAGCCAGGCUGCCGGCCACCACGACCACCCUAGCCAGGACGACAUCACUCUCAACGACACCAGCGCCUGGUGGUGGCCCUUCGUUUCAGUUCGCCGGUCACCGUUUUCGCCUCAACUGGGCAAACUCACGAAUAUUAUUCCCGAAGACUUCGAUUACGAUGACGAAUCUGCUUCCCCGGAGUAUCUGGAAGACGACUUGGAGGACUACCUUCAGGGCGAGGUGGAGGCGAUGGUGUGGUCGCCGCAGGAGACCCAGAACGUAGAGGGACCCUCGACGCAGGACGCCAACACUUGGUUCUCGAACCAGAGACUCGACAAGAGGGCAGCAGCCUCACCAGACUUUACCUUCUCCCCAAGGCUUGGAAAGAAAGGCGACUUCGCCUUCUCACCUAGGUUGGGGAAAAAGUUAGAUUUUGCCUUUGUUCCUAGGCUUGGUAAAAAGGCUGACUUUCAAUUCAGCCCAAGGCUUGGUAAAAAGGCAGACUUCGCCUUUAGUCCAAGACUAGGUAAAAAGGCAGACUUCGCCUUUAGCCCAAGAUUAGGUAAAAAGGCAGACUUCGCCUUUAGCCCAAGACUAGGUAAAAAAGCAGAUUUCGCCUUUAGCCCAAGACUAGGCAAAAAGGCAGACUUCGCCUUUAGCCCAAGACUAGGCAAAAAGGCAGACUUCGCCUUUAGCCCAAGACUAGGCAAAAAGGCAGACUUCGCCUUUAGCCCAAGACUAGGCAAAAAGGAAGACUUCGCCUUUAGCCCAAGAUUAGGUAAAAAGGCAGACUUCGCCUUUAGCCCAAGACUAGGUAAAAAGGCAGACUUCGCCUUUAGCCCAAGACUAGGUAAAAAGGCAGACUUCGCUUUUAGCCCAAGACUAGGCAAAAAGGCAGACUUCGCCUUUAGCCCAAGACUAGGCAAAAAAUCAGACUUCCAAUUCAGCCCAAGACUUGGCAAAAAGGCAGACUUUCAAUUUAGUCCUAGACUUGGAAAGAAGGCAGACUUCGCCUUCAGCCCAAGACUGGGAAAGAGAGAUGGAGAGGAGACGAGUGAUGAUGCGAGGGGCUCCAUAACACCCAUGUACGUGCCUCGGCCGGGCCGCCCAUACUUCUCGCCCAGGCUAGGCUAGACCGGCUACUCUACUCCCACCACCACCACCCCUGUACCUUGUUAUACCUUUCUUACACCCAGAGUUACUCAUGAGACUGACCGAAGAGCCGAGUACCAUGAUGUGGUGCGAGGCUGCAACUGGAGAUCACUAGUGCUGUGUGGAGCUCGAGGCUGGCUUUGUGAUGAAGAACAACUGCUAAUACCAGUACAACAGUCAGCAUCUUCAUGCUGCAUGUCCGUGUCACGACUCCACCGUCUUCCACGGAACGCAGAGCAUCAAAACAUUAACAUGAUAAAUAAAUCAAUAAAUACUAUCUUUAUA